UUUAGGGUUUCAAGCUCAAAUGGCUGGGUAUGGAGGAGGGCGGGAUUAUGGCUACUACGGCUACACUGCCCAUGCCACAUCGAGCUGGUCGGGGUUGAGCGCCGCAUUCUUCUCCUCAAUCUCGGCAUUCACUGGAAUCUUUCUCAUUCUCUCCUUCUUGUCACUCGGAAUAGCCGCCGGAUUGUUCUACCUUGCGGAGGUUGCGGAAGAACACACGCAGCUAACAAGAAAGAUCAUCGGCAUCUCGAUUAAGGGAAUUCUAGCUAUCUACGUUCUACUCUUUGUUGUGGAUGGCCUCCCGUUUUUUUGCGUUCUUUCUGGAAUUGGAGCUCACGUACUAUACCUUCAGCUUCUAAAGACGUAUCCGAUUGUUGAUCCAACUUCAAAUAUUUUUCUCGGGAGCUCGGGUGCUGGCGCUCUAAGUGUAAUAAUGUGGAGUCGGUUUUUCCUGCAACAUCCACGAUGUGCAUAUGUUACUCUCGGCUGGGCGAUCGGUUUCAUGGCCGUCACCGUCUUUUUUGUGCCGUUUCUCUUUCUCAUCUCCCUGACGACUUCUUCGCAAUCGUUGCCUCACGUAUCAAGCUCCAGUGAUUCUCAAGCGUCCUCAUCAGGCUUCCUUGGAAAGAAAAGAACCACCGCUGUUUCGUCGUUAUUUAGAUUUCUGACUGAUAGACGAGAUCAGGUGCUACCAACGGCCUUACCUCGGCCGAGACAGGCUUAAGCAACAAAAGACUGCAGUGUACAGAUACUGUAACUCUCUCGUUUUUUUCCUUUCACAGAUCAUUUGUGUUUUUGUGUGUUCUUUUCGAGGAAGACAAAGGUUGCAAGUUCUAUUCUUAAUUCGAAAGCGACUGUUGGAAGCUCGGUAUU